AUGGACAUGAAGGACCCUUUUGAUGUCUCUUCUUACAUGCUUCUUGAGGUCACUGGUGACUCUGAAGCUGAUUGUAAUCCCAUUAUGGGUGAACAAGCUCAUGAAAUUGAUAGAGAAGAUGAUGAUGCUCAAUCUUGCAGCGAUGAUAAUUCUGAGACUUGUAAUGCUUCUGAACUCAAUGUAUUUGAUGAGUCUUUGAAUGCUGAUGAUGAAGAUGAGAAGAAAGUUGAUGGUUAUGGAACUUCAUAUUGUGAAGAUGAUGAGAUGCAAGAACACCAUAAGUCUUGUGUGUCUGAUGAUUCAGGUCAAGAGUUGGUGGAUGAGAUGGAAAGAAAUAGGCUGUUCUGGGAAGCUUGUUUGGCAUCUUGA